AUGCUGGUCCGUACUGGUCAGUACUGGUCCAUGCUGGUGCCAGACUGGUCCAUGCUGGGCCAUGCUGGUCAGUACUGGUCCAUGCUGGUACCAAACUGCUACGAGGCGUGCGCGGAGGCGGCGGCCUGGCUGCGGGCGCGGCUGCGGGAGCGCCCCCGGGUGGCGCUGGUGUGCGGCUCCGGGCUGGGGGCGCUGGCCCAGGAGCUCUCGGACCCCCAGACCUUCGACUACGCCGACAUCCCCCACUUCCCGCGCAGCACCGUGCAGGGCCACGCCGGGCGAUUGGUCGUCGGGCGCUUGGGCUCCGCCCCCUGCGCCGUCCUGCAGGGCCGGUUCCACCUGUACGAGGGGUACAGCCCCGCCCAGGUGGUGGUCCCUGUCCGGGCUCUGGCCCUGGCCGGAGUCCACACCCUGGUGCUGACCAACGCCGCGGGGUCGCUGCGGCCGCACCUGGGCCCCGGUCACCUGCUGGUCAUCCGCGACCACAUCGACCUGCCCGGCCUGGCCGGACGCUCGCCCCUGGUGGGGCCCAAUGACGAGAGGUGGGCGGGGCCUGCGGGGGCGGGGCCUGUGGGGGUGGGGCCUGAAGGGGGCGGGGCCUGUGGGGGCGGGGCCUGA